UUCAUUUACAAUACGUUUAGAGCGAACAAACAAAAAGUAGACGAAGCGUAUCGCCGAAGCCGUUGACCACUCGGAAGACCACAACAACACCGGAACCGUCGGCCGAACCCUCGCCAACGGCCAGCGGUAGCGGCGGUCCGUCGUCUUCGCGCCGUCGAAAGGGAAGUAUGGCUUUCGUAAACCCCGGAAAGAUUGCCAAAUUGUUGAGACGGACGCAUAGCGCCGGUUGCUCUAAGGAUGUGCCCUCUUAUGCACUUUUUCUCAGUGAAAAGCCUUCCCGAUCGAGCGAUGGGAAGGAGCACACGAAAAGAGGUCGGAAACAGGCCCCGUAAGUGAUCUAUUGCU